UGCCUGCAGCAGUUCAUGGUGACGGGGGCACAGCUGCAGCAAAUCCAAGCCAGCCUCCUGGGCUCCAUGGAGCAGGCACUGAGGGGACAAACCAGCCCUGCCCCUGCUGUCCGGAUGCUUCCCACAUAUGUGGGAUCCAUUCCACAUGGCACUGAGCAAGGAGACUUCUUGGUGCUGGAGCUGGGAGCCACAGGGGCCUCACUGCGUGUUUUGUGGGUGACUCUAACGGGCUUUGAGGGGCAUAAAAUAGAGCCCAGGAGCCAGGAAUUUGUGAUCCCCCAAGAGGUGAUGCUAGGUGCUGGCCAGCAGCUCUUUGACUUUGCCGCCCACUGCCUGUCAGAGUUCCUGGAUAUGCACCCCAUGGGCAAGCAGAGUCUGCAGCUUGGGUUCAGCUUCUCCUUCCCAUGUCACCAGACGGGCCUGGACAGGAGCACCCUCAUUUCCUGGACAAAAGGUUUUAGGUGCAGUGGUGUGGAAGGCCAGGAUGUGGUCCAGUUGCUGAGAGAUGCCAUUCAGAGGCAAGGGGCCUACAGCAUUGAUGUUGUUGCCGUGGUGAACGACACAGUGGGCACCAUGAUGGGCUGCGAGCCAGGGGUCGGGCCAUGUGAGGUUGGGCUUGUUGUAGACACUGGCACCAACGCGUGUUACAUGGAGGAGGCACGGCAUGUGGCAGCACUAGAUGAGGACCGGGGCCGUGUCUGCGUCAGCGUUGAGUGGGGCUCCUUCAGUGAUGAUGGGGCCCUGAGGCCAGUGCUGACCACCUUUGACAACGCCCUGGACCAUGAGUCCCUGAAUCCUGGUGCCCAGAGGUUUGAGAAGAUGAUUGGAGGCCUGUACCUGGGUGAGCUGGUGCGGCUGGUGCUGGCCCACUUGGCCCAGCGAGGGGUCCUCUUUGGCGGCUGCACCUCCCCUGCCUUGCUGAGCCAAGGCAGCAUCCUCCUGGAGCAUGUGGCUGAGAUGGAGGACCCCUCGGCCGGGGCAGCCUGUGCCCGCGCUAUCCUGCAGGACUUGGGCCUGAGCCUGGAAACCUCGGACGCUGAGCUUGUGCAGCAAGUGUGUGCGGCCGUGUGCACACGGGCUGCCCAACUCUGUGCGGCUGCCCUGGCUGCUGUCCUCUCCCGCCUCCAGCAUAGCCGGGAGCAGCAAACAUUCCAGAUCUCUGUGGCCACCGGAGGCCAAGUGUUUGAGCGACAUCCCAGGUUCCGCAGCAUUCUACAGGAGACAGUGAUGCUCCUGGUUCCAGAAUGUGAUGUCUCCUUCAUCCCCUCUGUGGAUGGGGGUGGCCGGGGUGUGGCAAUGGUAACUGCCGUGGCUGCCCGCCUCGCUGCCCACCGGUGCCUGCUGGAGGAGACCCUGGCACCCUUCCGGUUGAACCGUGAGCAGCUGGCAGUGGUGCAGGCACAGAUGCGAGAAGCCAUGGCUAAGGGGCUCCGAGGGGAGGCCUCCUCCCUCCGUAUGCUACCUACUUACGUCCGAGCCAUGCCCGAUGGCACCGAGCGUGGGGACUUCCUGGCCCUGGACCUUGGGGGUACCAACUUCCGGGUCCUCCUUGUACGUGUGGCCACGGGAGGUGUGCGGAUCACCAGCCAGAUCUACUCCAUCCCUGAGGGUGUGGCCCAGGGCUCUGGGCAGCAGCUAUUUGACCACAUUGUGGACUGCAUCGUGGACUUCCAGCAGAAGCAGGGCCUGAGUGGGCAGAGCCUCCCCCUGGGUUUCACCUUCUCCUUCCCGUGUAGACAGCUUGGCCUGGACCAGAGCAUCCUCCUGAAUUGGACCAAGGGUUUUAAUGCAUCAGACUGCGAGGGCCAAGAUGUUGUGUGUCUGCUGCGGGAAGCCAUCAGGCGCAGACAGGCAGUGGAGCUGAAUGUGGUUGCUAUUGUCAAUGACACGGUGGGGACCAUGAUGUCCUGUGGCUACGAGGACCCCCGUUGUGAGAUGGGCCUCAUUGUUGGAACUGGCACCAAUGCCUGCUACAUGGAGGAGCUCCAGAAUGUGGCCAGCGUGGCUGGGGACUCGGGCCUCAUGUGCAUCAACAUGGAGUGGGGUGCUUUUGGCGAUGAUGGCUCACUGGGCAUGCUUAGCACCCACUUCGAUGAGUGUGUGGACCAGGCGUCCAUCAAUCCUGGCAAGCAGAGGUUUGAGAAGAUGAUCAGUGGCAUGUACCUGGGGGAGAUCGUGCGCCACAUCCUUUUGCAUUUAACCAGCCUUGGAGUUCUCUUCCGGGGCCAGCAGACCCAGCACCUUCAGACGAGGGACAUCUUCAAGACCAAGUUUCUCUCUGAGAUUGAAAGUGACAGCCUGGCCCUGCGGCAGGUCCGAGCCAUCCUGGAGGAUCUGGGGCUGCCCUUGACCUCAGAUGAUGCCCUGAUGGUCCUAGAGGUGUGCCAGGCCGUGUCCCAGCGGGCUGCUCGGCUCUGUGGGGCUGGCGUGGCUGCUGUGGUGGAGAAGAUCCGGGAGAACAGGGGCCUGGAAAAGCUGACGGUGUCUGUCGGGGUAGAUGGGACCCUCUACAAGCUGCACCCCCACUUUUCCAGCCUGGUGGCAGCCACGGUUCAGGAGCUAGCCCCUCGCUGUGCGGUCACCUUCUUGGAGUCAGAGGAUGGGUCUGGCAAAGGUGCGGCCCUGGUCACUGCUGUUGCCUGCCGCCUUGCCCAGACAGUCUGGAUCUGA